AGCACACACACCGACACACAGCAGGAAGGCAGCAGGACCUGAGGCUAACGCAAACACUGCAGCUCUCAUGCAAUCACCCAGGCCUUGAGCAUACAUACGCUAACACACACAGACCUGUUGAGGCAACAGGUCAGUGUGAAUGUAAACUGGUACCCAGAAGACCUUGGCUCGGACGACGCGAUAAAACACAACUCUCUACAAAGGUGAACUGACUCCCACUCCCAGCAUGUAUUUGACAGCCCGGCAGUGAGCCGAGCCCCAGCCUGACAACACGGACCAGCAGCUCAUCUGACAUCUUCAUCCAGUAACAGUCAGAUACAAAGAUAGAAGAGGAACGAGAGAACUUCAGACACAGCCGGCACAGAGGGAGGGACAAAGAAGAGUCCUACAGAAGAGUCCUACUCUUGAAGAUGGAACAGACCCCUCAGGUUUGGCACACGCAGGUAUCCCCCCCAAAGGAGCUGCCUGUUGAAGUAGGAAAGAAGUUGUCAGUUAGCGGCCAGCCGGAGUGCUCCAUCUGCUACAAUACCUACGACAAUGUCUUCAAGACCCCUAAGCUCCUGGAUUGCACCCACACCUUCUGCCUAGAGUGCCUCUCCCGGCUGAUGGCCGUUUCACUGGCUGAUCAGGAUGGACGUAGCAGCAGUAGGCUCUCUUGUCCCUUCUGCCGCCACCCCACCAUGCUACCUGAGGAUGGCCCCCCGGCUCUAGCCACUAGUCAGGAGGUUCUCUGUAAGCUGCCCAGCCACCAGCAGCAGGAGGAGCCCGUUUGGCUGGAGGGGGAGAAGUUGUGCUACAAGAGCCACACCAAUGAGGAAGGCUCCAGCACUUCCCCCACUCCCACAGCCCUCUGCAUCUGCAUUGACAUUGGGGCCACUAAGGCGUCUGAGGCCUCAGCCCAGACCAGGCCUCGGACUUUGGGCUUAUUGGACCGUAUGACAGACUGGAAGAGGUUACUGGUCUUCAUUUUUCUCAUGGUGCUCCUGGUGGUAAUUGUGUUGUGGCCUUUACAAUGCAUUGUCACCACAGGUAGCAUGCGCUGCAUGCCACGCACACCAGCAACAGUCAUUGGCACCACCACCACUGCUUUUACCCCAUUCAGCAGGCAAACUUAUUUCCCACAGUAAACAUGUAGCGUAGGUGGACCACACUUCCCAUUACACGUCUUUCACUGAUGAUACGUUACAGACUCGUACAAGUGAUCUGAGCUUCUUUUAACACUGUACUCAAGUGUUACUGCCACACACUGCUACACCCAUCGCAACAUUCAUAAUUCGUUGUGCAAACACUGAUGUGAAAGAUCAGCCAUUUAUGAGACGGCAAUCGUUCCUUCUCAAGCCAAGCACUCGUUCACCUGUAAGAACUACACCCAGACAUAAAUGUUAGGGGGCAAGAUGCGAGGAGAAAGAGCCCUGUGCACAAUCUCACUCCAACAGACGGAAAGAGACUGAAUGUCAGAAUCAAUCAUGUUUAUUUAUCACUACAGACCAUCCCAGCCAGAAGAGUCGCUGCACAGGCUCGCAGCGUCAUGUCAAAGUAGAGGUUAUGUAGCCUGACUUACUGUUCUGAGAAAGUAACACAAAAAUUAUAUAUGCUAAAUUCUUGCACUUCUAUCAACAUUUGAAACGUUUGAAAUUGUAAAAGAUAAGAACUGUUGAGUUAUUCAUAUGUUGAACUGUACACACAAAAGCAGUGCGUUAGUUCAUCUGUUGGACCAGUGACCUGCAUGACAACAAAGCUGUUGCCAUUGUAGGAGAAUCCCUCGGUGGGACAUUCAGUAGUGACAUUAGAAUCACUUCCAUUGUAUCAAAGACCGACGAAUGUGUCCACCACAAUCCUCAAUGAACUCUCAGCGCCACCUCUGCCAAAUCUUUCUAAAUUUCCAGAAAACAGCGCUAUGAUGUUGGCUAUAACUCUGUCAAUGUUUAACUUGUUAGUGUAAUUGAAGAAAGUCAGUAGAAAAUGAAAAAAGUGGCAACCAAGAAUUUUAAUUUUGCAGUUUUUCAUUUUCAACUGUUGUACAUUUCAUCCGAGUGUUAUUGUUUACAGAAGUGUAAUGAAACAAAACAUGAUAAAAAAAAAGUGGGGCAUUAGCUCAGUUCAUCCUGAAAAUUGGUCAUGAUGAUCUUACUGAAAUUGUUGUUUUGUUAAACAAGACUUUGUUAUAUUACGAAAAAUGACUACAUGGUUUGAAAGCUAUUGGAACAUUUGUGUGACUUAUGUGUUUGUAUUAUUUCCUCCAACACCAGAGAAAGCAUAGUUAACCACCAACACUAACAAAGACAAAAAUAUAUACUCAGGAUGCAACUUAAUAUAAGAAGUAUUCUGGCAAACUUAGCCCUAUGGGUUGUGUAAAAACACAAACCUUCUUUAUUCUCACAAAAAGUCCUUUUACCCCUGGAGAAGGUGUGUACGAGAAGGGGCUGUUUCUGUGGAAUCCUCCAUUAAGCCAACAUAUGACAUGAUGCUCACGACUCGGUUUCAUGUUACCUUCACCUCUAACAUCAUGACAUUCACAAGGAUGUAGGCAUAAUACUAAUUUAAAAAAAAAACAAUUUUCUCGUCAUUUUAAUCCACUUGUAAAUUGUGAAAAUAAAAGCUGGUCAACAAUACCUCAUGUAAAUAACAGGCACAGAUAUAUUUUAAAAACAGGCCAGUAUACUAAACAACCCUUCUCAGGAUAAAUAUAUGUGAAAAAAAGUGACAAUUGUAGAAAGGAAAUCAAUAAAACCCUUUUCAGAUAAGGAGGCAGAAUGGAGUCCAACAAUACAUGAAGAGGUCACCAUUCUCUCGCACAGGGAAUACACCUGGGGAAACGGGUAAGGAUGUGGUAAGCUACCAUAUUAUAUUGGCCUCUCCAUCUCUGUUGGGGAAAGUCUUGACGCAUGCUCAAUAAUCCAGGGAAGAAAGUCAAAGAAGGUUGAAGAAGUUCAUCUGGACACCACAUUACACUUCUUCAUGUAUGCAGAUAAACUGAUUCAACCUUCUC